AGUUAUGGUGGGUAAAAUGUAGUGAUUAGAAUGGUUUUGUGUGUGAAGUUUUAGGUGUGACUCCUCUUCGCCAUCAUCAUGUCGGGUGGUGGUCCAGCAGUGCGUGUCAGCAUCGAGUCGUCCUGCGAGAAGCAGGUCCAGGAGGUGUCUCUAGAUGGCAUGGAGACAUAUGUCCCUCCCUUGUCCAUGUCCCAGAACCUGGCCAAGCUAGCCCAGAGGAUUGACUUUGGCCAGGGAUCAGACUCCGAUGAAGAGGGGACGGAAGUAGAGCCCAGGGACCCCCAGGAGUGGGGGAAGCAAGAGCCAGAGGAGGAUGAAGGUAUGUCACCCUAUAGACACAUUCAGUGUUUGUCUACACCAGCUUCAUUAGUUGACUGUAAAGUGAUUAUUUCUGCCUUGGAGAGUUAUUAUCGAAAAUCUAUCAUACCUUAUGUUCCUGAGACCAUCUGAUAGACAUGAUACCAAUAUCGUAAUAUUUUUUCCAUGGCAAAAAUGAAAACACAAAGCAGUUCACUCUCUUUGGUCCUUUAAAAACCUGCUGUUUGUAAAAUAUUGUGUGCUAUAGCUUGGAAAAUAAAUAAAUGUUUGUUUUGUUUCCUUGCCACGCGUCUGGUAUGGUCCCGUAGCAACAUUUAUGAUUUCUAUUAAGCGCUCUGUAGGGAGUUGGUCUGAACAGAAUGGUUGAUUGAUACCUGCUCCUUCUUCUUCCAGCCACAGUGAAGUUCCAGCCGUCCUUGUGGCCCUGGGACUCUGUGCGUAACAACCUACGCAGCUCCCUGACGGAGAUGUGUGUGCUAUACGACGUCCUCAGCGUAGUCAAGGAGAAGAAGUACAUGGCGCUGGACCCAGUGUCCCAGGACCCCUCAGCCGGAAAGGUAGGCCAAGCUAAGUGGCUUUACUCAGGACUUUAAUCUUUUCAAUGCAUCUCAGUAGUCUCAAGUGGUUCACUCUUCAUUCUUCAUUCUGUCUUGAUUUGCACUGAUGUGGAAGAACUAGACUGACAAUGAAAGCAAAUUCCUGGUACACAAUUCACAUCCAACAUAUUGCUUACUUUUACCUAUCCUGUGUUUUGAGGUCACUGCAGAUGGAUAUGAAGCCACUUUGGACUAUUUGACAUGUACUUAUGACCUCACUCUCUCUCCUCUGACCUCCCCACUCCCUACCUCACGCCCUACUCUAGACACCCCAGGUGUUCCAGCUCAUCAGUAAGAAGAAGUCUUUGGCCACAGCAGCUCAGCUGCUCUUGAAGGGGGCAGAGAAACUAACCAAAUCAGUGGCGGAGAACCAGGAGAACAGGAGACAGAGGGACUUCAACUCAGAGCUGCUGCGGCUCCGCUCGCAGUGGAAACUACGCAAAGUAGGAGACAAGAUCCUGGGAGACCUCAGCUACAGGAGCGCAGGUAUGGAGGCUUUAACUCUGCUCAAAUGUGUCAUUUAGUGUCAUUGCAGUAUUUACCACCUUCUGCACAUUCAGUGUUUUUCUGACAUUAUAUAGCUCAUUUCUAAUGCCAUGUCUCGCUCUGCAGGAUCCUUGUUUCCUCAUACCGGCACCUUUGAGGUGAUAAAGAACACAGACAUCGACCUAGACAAGAAGCUCCCGGAGGAUUACUGUCCACUGAACGUCCAGAUCCCCAGUGAUCUGGAGGGAUCAGCUUACAUCAAAGUGAAUAGAGACUGCUGGCCCUUUGAACUUUUCCUCAGCUCAGAGAACAUACCUCUUUGUGAUGAUGUCAAUGUUCGGCCUGGCCUCUUAAACAUUGUUAUGUGUUGUCUUCCAGGUUUCAAUCCAGAAACAAGCCCCUGACAUAGGUGACCUAGGCACGGUGAGCCUGUUCAGGAGGCAGCCUAAAGCUAAAGCAGGCACUCAGCCGUGGCAUGUGAAACUGGAGGCUGCUCAGAACGUGCUGCUCUGUAAGGAGAUCUUCGCUCAGCUGUCCCGGGAGGCGGUUCAGAUCAAGUCCCAGAUCCCCCACAUCGUAGUCAAGAACCAGAUCAUCUCUCAACCCUACCCAGGUGAUGACUCUUUACAAUGCUUUUAGGGGGGUUAUUGUAGCCUAUGGAACAUGUAUACUCCAUGAAACCAUGCAUUUUGCAAAAUUAAUGCAUUUGAAAUGUUUUCUUUUGUCUGUGUUACCUGGAGUAGUACGUUCUAAGUGUCCAGAUAUGCUUUUGCUGUUAUUUUGCUGUUAUUCACCCCUCGUCAGGUGUGCAGAGUCCUACUCUAGGAGAUUUCUUUAUUACACCACCAUUAAGGUUGUCUAUCCUCCCUGCAGGUCUCCAGUUGUUAAUUUCUCUGUGUCACUCCACUGGAGAGAAGAAGAACCAGAGGGCGUCGCCAGAGAAACCCAAACCUGACGACCACCUCUACGUUUUAGAACACAACCUGCACCAGCUCAUGAGAGAGGUGGGUCCGCUUGUCUGUGUGGAAAAUUAUGGAACUAAAUUGAACCUGACCGUCUAGUAAUUGUAUUGUUGACCAAAGACGUACUCAGAUAGAUACUGACCAUACUAAGUCCCCCAUGUUUAAAAAAAAUCUUAUACAUAUGCACCACUGCUGAUUGUGUGAACUGUGAUACAUAUUGAUCAAUAUAAAUGCCCAUCCUUCCCACCCACAGUUCCACAAGCAGACCCUGAGUUCAAUAGUAAUGCCCCAUCCAGCUAGCGCCCCCUUUGGCCACAAGAGGCAGCGUAUGGCGGGGCCCAUGGCCUACGACAAGGCUGAGAUCUCCAACCUGCAGCAGAAUGAGGGCUUACUGGAGAAGAUCAUCAAACAGGCCAAACACAUCUUCCUACGCAGCAGGUAGGCACAAACACACACCACAUCACACAUCAAUGACAAGCUAAUACUAUCAUACUGUUUUACAUAUUUUUUUUAUAAAAUGAUCUCCUGUCAGGCUUGUUCUUUCACUCAAAGCACCUCCUAUCUUUGUUGUAAAAUCACAAAUCAGGAAAAUGUUUGCACAAUGAAACAGUAUGUUACUGAAUUAGAUUUUUACAGGACAGCAACUCAACAUUGACUGCAAGUCCACCCCUCGUGUUUGUUUCAGGACGGCGCGGACCAUCGCCAGCCUGGCCAGCCGUAUAGAAGACCCCCAGAUCCAGGCCCACUGGUCCAACAUCAAUGAUGUGUACGAGUCCAGCGUCAAAGUCCUCAUCACCUCCCAGGGUUAUGAGCAGAUCUGCAAGUAAGUGGAGCAGGAGCCAGGAGGACUGGCCACGCCAGAGCAACAGAGGCAGAGUACUGUCAAAGCCAGGAGGACUGGCUAGGCCAGAGCAACAGAGGCAGAGUACUGUCAAAGCCAGGAGGACUGGCUAGGCCAGAGCAACAGAGGCAGAGUACUGUCAAAGCCAGGAGGACUGGCUAGGCCAGAGCAACAGAGGCAGAGUACUGUCAAAGCCAGGAGGACUGGCUAGGCCAGAGCAACAGAGGCAGAGUACUGUCAAAGCCAGGAGGACUGGCUAGGCCAGAGCAACAGAGGCAGAGUACUGUCAAAGCCAGGAGGACUGGCUAGGCCAGAGCAACAGAGGCAGAGUACUGUCAAAGCCAGGAGGAUUGGCUAGGCCAGAGCAACAGAGGCAGGGUACUGUCAAAGCCAGGAGGACUGGCCACGCCAGAGCAACAGAGGCAGAGUACUGUCAAAGCCAGGAGGACUGGCUAGGCCAGAGCAACAGAGGCAGAGUACUCUUUAUACAUAGAUUGGGGGACAGUGUUCAGAGAAUAGACUUCUGGGCCAGGAAGUGGCGACAUAUCCUCUAGAAUAGAACAUAUGGUGAGAUUGGAGAAUGAAUUAAAAGGAAAAGAGUAGGUUCCGUGUUCGAACAACAGAAGAGGUUUCACUUUAAUUAAUUACCACCAAUUGAAUUGGGCAAUUAUUCAGCUUUUUCAAUGUUCGGUAAAAGUCAUGUCUAGAAAAAACUUUGACCAUGGAGAAAGAAUGUUCCAUGACCUUUUGUGUGUGUGUGCAGGUCUAUCCAGCUGCAGCUGAACAUAGGGGUUGAGCAGAUCCGAGUGGUGCACAGGGACGGCCGUGUCAUCACCCUCUCUCACCAGGAACAGGAGCUGCAGGACUUCCUCCUCUCCCAGGUCAGGGGACACACUGACUGCUCUCACACCACCACCUACUGCUGUUUAUGUACUCUGUAUUACAGUCAAGUAUAGCUAGAAGCCACCUAAAAUGCUUUCUGUAUGUAUAACUAGAUGCAUUUGCUAGACCUAGUUCUUCUCGGAAACCUUUAUUCAAAUCCAUUUCAAAGUAUUGAUGUAGCCUUUUUGUAGCUUCCUGUCUGAAUUAGUGUGAGUAACAGUUCCCCCCUGUCCCCUGGUACUACAGAUGUCUCAGCACCAGGUCCAUGCGGUACAGCAGCUGGCUAAGGUAAUGGGUUGGCAUGUUCUGAGCUUCAGUAACCAUGUGGGCCUGGGCUCUGUGGAGAGCAUCGGAAACGCCUCGGCCAUCACCGUUGCCUCCUCCAAUGGGGAAUACGCCAUCUCAGGUACCGUCGUUCAAUCAAUCAAUCACUGGCAUAUUGGCAGUCAUUCACCUUAAACAGCUCAUUUAGUCCAAAAACUCAUGACGAUCUGAAUGACUGAAACUUAUAAGAUAAUGCUAAUAUUUGUCCAAAUUAAUGUGUUGUAUCUUUUCCAGUACGUAAUGGUCCAGAGAGUGGCUGUAAGGUCCUGGUCCAGUUCCCACGCAACAAGAGCAAGGAGCUGCCCAAGUCUGAUGUCAUCCAGGAUGGGAAGUGGAACCAGCUGCGAGGGCCCUACAAGGAGGUCCACUGGAGCAAGAUGGAGGGACGCAACUUUGUUUACAAGAUGGAGCUUCUCAUGGCUGCCCUCACCCUCUGUCCUUAGGUCUGUCCACUAUCACACACACACUCUCUCGCUCUGAUUUUUACUAUGGGCUGAAUCCUAACUUGAUCCACUUUUGUGGAAAUCAUGCUUUGAUGUUAGUAGAUUUGCUUGGACAUUUGACUUAACUGGGACCUGUGCCAAUGUAUAUAUUUUUUUUUCUAUUUAAAAUGUUACAGUAAAAGAAACAAAGACCUCAGCUGUGAAAAUAAAUAUAUAUUUUGUUUCCACUUGUCAGUGUGUUUC